AUAUAUACUACUACUACUAGCUAUUAUAUAAACCGUAACGAUAUAAAAAAAGUAUAUAAAUUUUAUAACUACGUUAUUAUCCCCUAUUUUAAUUUAAGAGUACUAAAUAUAAAUAAAAAGCUAGUCCUUAGUAUAAAAGACCUCCGAGCUAUUUUAACUUUUAAUAUUACUUAUGAUAUAAGUAUCUUUUAG